AUGGUGUCUACUUCACAAUCAUAUAUCUAUGAAGAUUUGAAUCCAAAAAUUGAAACACAGGAUACUCCAGAAUCACACCUUUUCAUAGUUCACAUUCCUGAUGGUUUUGCAAGAGGAGAUAUUGGUGCUAAAAUUGAGUAUGAUUUCGGAAGCGUGAAAGUUUUUGGUGAAAAAUCAAUUGGAUCAAAUAAAAUAAUGCGUUUCAGUGAAAAGCAUAUAGUUCCAUCACAUUGUGAUAUUGGCAAUAUUAGAGGCAAGUUUGAUGGAAAAACUGUCACUGUUACAAUGCCAAAUAUUACAAAUAAAUCAACAUACUCAAUGAUCAUUGAGAAUAAAAGUGAUAGAAAGAGCUUUGGUGAAUCAACAAGAACAAGAAUCAAAGACAUGGCUUUAUCUACAACUCAAGCUGUAACUAAUUGUGCAAAGAGGUUCAAUGAAGAAGAUAAACAAAAGCUAAUUUAUACUGGUGCAACAAUUCUUGUCGUAGCACUCAGUGUUUACGCUUCUUACGAGUAUCGUUCCUCGCGUAGACCAUAA